AAAACUGGAGAAGGAACUGCUUUAUUUAUUUGAAAAGACCUCGUUUUUUGCAGCAGUACUGAGCUCCCUACUUGCUUGUUUCUCUCAUACAUCUUAAAAGGCUGUGAAGGAGAUGACGGUGAAUGGAAGCUCCCUGGAAUAUUUGGAAGCAGAUGUGUUGUGGAACAAGGGUGAAGAAAUCUUUGACAAACACCUGAGAGCAGAUGAAAAGUGACGUUAGCUCCUCAUCUGAACGAUGACACCAGUCCCUCAGUCAUGCAUCAGAACGUCAGCCUAAAUUUUGGAGCUCAAGUUGCAGGGAUGGGACUUCCGACCCAGAGGAAACCUCAAGAGAAGACACACUGGACUGGAUAACAUGCUAGCAAGUGCGAGGAGAUUGCUACUGCAUUAAGCAAUACCCUUCUCCCAGCUGGUGUGCGAAGAGCAGAAAUGCGAAGAGGAAGUCUUUCUGUUGGCUGUGAAUUAUCUGGAUAGAUUUCUAUCUUCAGUUCCUACUAGAAAAUGUCACCUCCAGCUGCUAGGGGCAGUCUGCAUGUUUUUAGCAUCAAAACUGAAAGAAACGAUCCCGCUGACAGCUGAGAAACUCUGUAUUUACACAGACAAUUCAGUCACCCCUGAAGACCUCCUGAUGCUGCUCGACCCACUGAGUUCCUCCAACAGAUGGUUUUGCUCCAGAUUCCAGCACCUGCAGUCUCUUGAGUCUCCACAAGACAUUUGUGGUUACCAUACUUUGGGAAAAGUUUCAAAAAACUAUCUGAUAAGUUGGUUUGUGACACCGGUGAAGCCAGGAAUUGAGACGGAGGGGUCACUAGGAGCAGAAAUAGGAACCAUUCAGGGGAGCAGUGCAUCACCACCUCCUGCAGGACAGUUGGUACCAGCUGUGAUGGAUUGGGAGAUAGUUGUCCUUGGGAAACUGAAGUGGGAUCUCUCUGUGACAACUCCAAAUGAUUUCAUUGAACACAUCCUAGGGAAGCUGGCAUUUCUAGCGGACAACCUGGAACUUAUCAAGAAACACAGUCAAACAUUCAUCGCCAUGUGUGCCACAGAUUUUAACUUUGCCAUGUACCCACCAUCAAUGAUUGCGACCGGGAGCAUCGCUGCAGCGAUCCGUGGCCUCGGCAUCACGUGCAAUAAUCUCUCGGAUGAAUCUUUGACGGAGCUGCUAGCCAAGAUUACCUGCACGGAGCUGGACUGCCUCAAGGCUUGCCAGGAACAGAUCGAAGCUGCCCUCACGGAGAGCUUAAAACAAUCUCAACAGCAGCAGGGACAAACCAUGUCAAAGACCGUACACGAACCAGACCUCACCAGCACUCCGACAGAUGUAAGAGAUGUCAACCUGUGAUCACCUUGUGCAGUUUUUUUUUAAGGAAAGCAAUGCGGCUUAGCUUUUGUAGUACUUCGAUAUAUCCAAACAAGAAUCUCUCUCUUUCUUUGAUCCAAGUUGGGUGGAAACACUGAUGAAGACUCAGAUUUGAAGAAAGAUUGUGGAGACAGAGAUGUAGCAAUGAUAAUCAUCUUAUGAACUCUUACACCUUAUGACUGUGUGUGACAUUUAUGUGGAAGGAAGCUCGAAUGUGAUUGGUUGCGAAUCUGGUGCUGAAUCCAGCCACCCACGUGUGUGAUUGGCGUGUUGGAAUAAUCUGUGUUUCCCCUCAACACCUUCCUAAGAGCGAUGUGGCCAAUGCAUUUUACUGUAACUUCUCUGUUUUGUUGAUAACGUGCACCAUUUCGCUUAAGCUAAAGUCCAAGGGCUACACAAAGAUUGUCUCCUCAAACCUUAACCAAAGUCUGUCCUACAAUUUAAAAAAAAAUAUUAAGGAUGUAAGCCUUGCAAAAAAAAAUACAAUUUAACAAGGACAUGACUAUCAUCUGAUUCCCUGUGUGUUUAAAUCAGUAUUCGUAGCUUGCUUAAUGGAGAUGUUCUGAUAACUGGGACAGCUUGAUGAUAAGAUGUCCCAGUUAGCAGACUUCAACUAUUUUGCACAGUGGUGUACAAGAAUAUAACUAUAUAAUAUAUAGAUUAGUUCUGCUAUUUUGUUUAAUGGAGGGAUGGGUAAGAAAUCUCUUAAAUAGGACAGGUUAAUUUGUGAUGUACCAAUUUGUAGGCAUCAAUUCUGUUUUGCACAAUGAGAGACAAGCUUCUAAUUGUAUAUAAUAUUUAAAAGAGGGCUGUAACAGAAGGAUAGUGUGGAAAUCAGAAAAAGAAUUGUAGGGGUAAUAAGGAAUAUAAAUGACUUGAUCAAAGUUUUGGGACUGCUACAACCCCUGUUUAAAAAAUAUAUACACAAAUAUAAUGGAGUACUGUUGUCCUGAUGUUAGAAUGUUUGCCAUCUGCUUGAUACUAGUGCGGUAUAUUUAAUGACUUUCCCAUGUUCCUGUCUAUAAGUAAGGAGGCCUCGUGUUGGAGUAUGUUGUGAGGGUCCAGUGUAGUCUUUAUAAUGCUUUUGACGUGCGUUUUGUACUUCCACCUUCGAACCGAAGCUCGGUUAUUGUAAUGACUGCAGUGGACUCUCCCUUGUUGGAAGGGAUGGUGUUGACACUCGUUCUGGUCGACUCACACUUGUCCUGAGCUACUCUAGCAGUGAAUAGCCGUCACUGCGCCUACUCCAAGUAAAACUACGCAGAAGUAGCCCAUAAUCGUGCAUGAUGAUAUUAUAGGAAAUGUUUUGUUUGGGAUAAAGCCGUCUCUCCAGUGAGGCCAAAGUUGAGGCUUCUCACUGAAAAGAAAACGGGAAAUAAGGAAAGUGGGAAUUGCAGGCAAAUGAAAGGAUCUGGCAGAGGAUGGGUGAGGGUGUGUUGUCUUGGGUGCACACAGCUCCCAGAGAGCAAAGCCAGGAUAGUUGUCAAAACAGAAGCCACAGACACUUUAGAACAUAGAACAGUACAGCACAGGAACAAGCCCUUCGGCCCACCAUGUCUGUGCUGACCAUGUUGCCAAUCUAACUAAUCCCAUCUGCCUGCACGUGGUCUGUAUCCCUCCAUUCCCCGUCUGCUCAUGUGUCUGUCUAAAUGCCUUUUAAACAUUGCUAUGGUAUCUGCCUCUCCCAAGUUCCCUGGCAACGCGUUCCAGGCACCUACCACUCUGCUUUUUUUUUAAAAAAAAAGCAACCAAAAAAAAAAGUUGUCUCACAAAUAUCCUUUGAACUUUCCCCCUCUCACCUUAAAUCUAUGCCUUCUAAUAUUUGACAGUUCCACCCUGGGAAAACAACCUCAUCUAUAACUUUAUAAACCUCUAUCAGGUCUCCCCUCAGCCUCCGACGAGCUGGAGAAAACAAUCCAAAUUCGUCCGACCUCUCCUUGCAGAUAAUCCUCUCCAAUCCCGUUUGCAGCUGAACAUGAGCUGCUAAAGGUGUAUGAACCAGCUGGGUCAGAGUAACUGGGUGCAAUGCAGUGCCUAAAGAUUGUAUCGUCAUAUGGUUGGAACAAAUAGCUAAAGUGUUUGUAAUUACUGCUUCCUUGUCCAAAAUGCAGUGUUGAAGAGUAUUGGUCAGCCCCUUCCCAAAUAAGACCCUCCACUUUGAGGCAGGUUUACAUUGAGAGGUUGGCUUCUACAAGAACUUCUCACUGUUCACCAUGAUUGCAGCUCACUUAUCGGCUGAAGCUUCUGAAUAUUAAUUUCCAGCUUUUCGGAACGCUCUGAUGGGUAAAGUUGUGUUUUCUGUGUGUGUGUCCGCAUAGCAGUGAAAGCCAAACAUUCACAGCCAGACUAUUUAAAAUUGAAAGGAAGAGACAGGAGGUGUAUUUUUUUUUAAAGGUGGCAUUGCGCGAGUUGGAGGAAGGAAAAGCUGCUGGUAAAGUCAUUUGGCAGCGUAGAGAUUGGGCAUACAGGCCAAUAACACAAAUCUGUACCUGGUAUUUAACAGAACAAACAGACCUCCUGAAGCCCUGCACAGUCCAGGACUAAACGUACGUAGGAGCUCGCAAAUGUCUGAGCAUGGCUGCUUCCCUCAGCUUUGCUUUGAAUGCUUUCCUUUUUUUAAAUAAAACCAUUGAUGACUCUUUCCACAACUGUCCUGAUGGAACUUAAUAUUUUUAUUUUUAAAAAAAUGCUUUUGGUCUUUUCAUGAUCCAAUGUUUCUGUUCUGACCAUUCAGAACCAAUAAUUUUCAAUUUGAUAAAGGAAAGUUGGGGAGGAAGUGAACAUUUGAACUGUCAGGUUAUCCAUUCCAUUGAAUGUUUUUAAACACCAUUAGAGUAAAAGUCUGUUAUUCCCGGUAAAUCUCUUCUACACCCUUUCCAUAGACAGGAGUCCAUUCUAAUACGAGUCAGUAAUAUUCGAACCCUGACCAGGAUUUGGUUGAAGUAUAAUUUUUAAUUUUCUUAUGGAGAUUGGUAUCUUAAACUACACCUGUUCUUCACUGGAUUUAAUUUGAUCCUUUUGCAAUUUCCUCACAAUUGACAAUUGUGACAUGUUAUCUAUAAUGGAUAAAAUUAGAGUGUUAACUGAGAACAAGUUUGUAGGCAGCACAAAACACUGCCAGGAGUGUUGGUCCCAAGACUUGUUCGUUUCCACUUGCAGUUUCACUGAAUUCUGCAUUCACGGGAGACUGAUUUUUUUCCUCCCUCUGUUCCCCAGCCACAUUCCAUAAACAUUUCCAGAUUGAAAAUGCAGUUUACCAAAUUUGCUUGGCAGCAAAUGAAAGCAGGCAAUAAUAUUUUGUACAUUGCAUUUAGUAUUUUCCCAGCACUGCAUUAUUAAUUGGUUAUUACCCUACCUAGUAACAGAGGCAUGUUUGCCCAUUCGAAAGCACUGCAGGAAUUUGCAGGUUUAGCUAUUCUAAGACAAACUAGGAAUUGUCAGAAGUAUCCAGGAGUUUUUGAGGAGGGAUCAUUGAGAUUUUACAAUGGAAAAUACAACUCAUGAGUUUGUGGUUGAGUGAAACUUGGUAUGUGACAAGAAAAAAUACUUAGCGACACAAACUAGAUGUGAAAUUGCAGAUGCUAAAUGUGAAUUGUCAUUUUGGUUCAUUAAUUGUAUCAGAGUGAAUGAUUUUAAACUUGUUUGUCUCCACAUUCAGAUAAAUCAGCUUGUCAUUCAACGCACAGUGGUGGGGCAUGGUGUCCCUUUAGAGUAACACCCCAAUAUUUUCAGUAGUCUGCUUCUCUCGUUCCCACACUAUACGCAGGGAGUUAGUUUUUGUCCUUAAGUAGUUUGUGUUUUGCAAUAUAGUGCAGCCACCCAUUAAGAGUUUAAUUAUUUUUUUUAGAAAGUGCAUUAUAUUUUUUCUGCUGGUGAAAUCUUUUAAGAGGAUUGAUUCGUCGAUGGAGUAGACCCUGCUACGAUGACAGCAGUGAUAACGAACACGUUAUUGCAAAUGCUGUCAAACUCCAGUUGCAUGGUUGUACACAGUUCACGUUUUAACUUGCAACCCUGAAUCAGCAUUCACUUCAUUUGAAACUUCUUUAUGGUUUUGAACUGUAUGUAAUUAGUAUUGAAAAUAUUACAUAUUUGCCUCUUGAUGCUGUUGAGAUGCACAGCUCUUUCAUCUGUUGAACGUUGUAGUGUCAACAUGGUAAUGUUCAGGGAGUCAUCUCCUGAGCAUGCGCUAAUGACAGUGGACCUUUUCAUGCGUUGGGAUAUGACAGGCAGCGAGAUGACCCCAUUGAUGGGGAUUCACAAACAAAUCAGCCUGGUAAGCACUACAUUUCAGCAUAGUAACACAAAACUGUCCCACAAACAGCGCAAGGUGUGUUCUCCCCAUUGUCCUGUGUGGCGUGUACAUCUUCCAUGUCUAAUCAGUUUUUAAAACCAUUCUCCUUCAGGGAUCUGGUUAGGAAGAUGAUGAAUGGCUCCAGUUAUUCUCAGUUACACUGAGUGCUCUCUGACGUAGAAGCUCUCUCUGUAUUUAUAAGGACCCGUUAAACCAAAGGAACAGACCCUUCAGGGGGAACCUGCUGGUGCCCUGAAUACUUCUGCUGCAUUAUGCUUGCCAGUGUGAAAGAACAAAUUCUUUUAUACCUUCUGGGCGCUGACCAGCUUUACAAGUUGAAAAACUAACAAACUUUUCAUUUCUCUUGAUCAGGGUGCUUUUAGUAAGUUUGAUCUGCUGAUGUGCUCAUAAGAAAAUGUUAGUCUGAUAGAGAAUUGUGCUACCUUCAAGAAAAAUUGAAGCUGAUUUUAAAACAACUGGGCAGUAAAUGGUCCAGAAGUUAGUGAACCGGUGCAGUCUCUGGUUGGUGAGCAUGUUGGAUGAGAUGGAAUUUUGACCAUUACUGUUACCGCAUUUGGCAAAGAAAUUAAUAGAGAUGUUUGUUGUUUUUGCGCUGCUAAAAGGGGCCGAUAUUUUCAUUUUAUUUUACUUAAGUUGAAUUGUUUAUUGAAAGUUGCUGCUAUUUUUUUUAUAUGUAGGUUUGUGCAUGGAAUGCAUCUAAGUAUCUGUUAAGUUGGUUGAAGAGCAAGGCUUUCAACUUGACUUGCCACGAUUGUAGACCGAGGCUAUUGAAGCUUUCAUCCGACCUGUUGGAAAACCCUUAAUCUUUUCAAAAUGAGUUUGAGUACUGCAGUGGACUUUCACUGAGAGGAAAUUAAGACUUUCAGAUUUGCCUAAAGUAAUCUUGGAUGCAAAAUGUUCAAAGCACCCACAUUUAGUAAUGAGUGCUGAGUACUGAACACACUUGAUGCAUGGAUAAACACAUCCAGACACCACUUUAGAACUUGUUCAGUAGAUUCUGCAUCACCUUUGUUUUUGAUGAAAGGAAGGAAGUACCAUAAUUUUUUUUUGCUGCUUAUGUUUGUUAUAUAAUAAAAUAGAGGGGGGGUGGGGGAAUUGUGUGUUGAUAUACUCAGAUGCCCUUGUAAAUUUAACAUUUGCUCUGCUUUUUUUUCUGUGUGCAGCUAUUCCACGUACAGUAUCUCAGGUCAUUAUACAGUUUUUAUGGCAUUCCUGCUUUGGGUUUUAAGAUCACAAUCGUAAUACCAGGUGGGCAUUGUUCUUCCUCUUGAGUAAAUGGGCUUGGUGUAAAUGCUUUCGAUGAGCAACAGAUCACGGUGUUGGCCCACGUGUAAGUUGAUAGUCUUCAGUAUCAGUUUGUUAGAUUUUUUUUAAACCUUUCGGUGCUUUAUUGAGCAUUAAACAUUUUGGAAUUAAGACUUUCUGAACUAUGAGGUACUCUGAACUUAACACAGCAUUUCUUUCCUCUGGUUUCUUUCAGAAUUAUGAGUUUCUGCAGAAAUUUCUUAAGUACAGCUUUGUAUGUGUGUGUAAAAGUUAGGGCAAGUUACGAUGAUUAGUCACUGGAAGCAGUUGAAAAGAUUUGAGUGGUCCUGAAGUGACAACUUGAGACCAAAGUUCAACAGUAGUCAGAUUGUUCUUAACAGAUGAAUUGUAUGUUUAAUAUCAUCCAGCCUUUUUCAGUGACAUUACUAUAAGCCAAGAGGUUUAGUUCAAGAGGCUGUUGGACAGAAUUAAUUUCUGAAGUCCAUAACUUGUUUAACUUUGGAAAUGAACAGGUUUAAAACUCCACUGUGCAAUGCUACGUGAAAAAUGCCGUGUAUACUGAUGACUUGGGUGUGCAUUACACAGAUAAAUCUUCAAUUUGCAAGCCAGUCCUUGACACACAAGCACACCACCCAUUUUAGAACUUGGCCAUGUAGACCGGCAUCGUCCCACCUUCAAAGACCUGUGAUCAGUUAUUCUUUGGGGCGAGGUUUGGAAGAGCUGAGAGUCACUGCCCAGUCGUUGCUGCUACCCCUGUGUAAUGUGGUUCUCUUCUACACACAACCAACACUCGUAGCUGAGCCUUAGAUACAGGGGAUAGCAAAUGAUAGAAUAGGAAACAGUUGGCACCAGAGAAACCAGUUCUCAACUUGAAUUAGCCCUGUCAGGGCUGACAGAAGUAAAAUGGGGUGUAUACUAAGAUUGGUGUUACCACUCUGGGCUAACUUACAAAAGCAGUGAAAAUAAGUGAUAUAUACUCUGGCUGUUUUAUGCAGUAUUAAGUUGAACUAUUGUAAUGAAUUUUGAAUAAACAUCCACUUUAUUUCACGUUAUGAAAGGGGGAAUUCUUCAACUGCAAUUCUUGUGUGUUUUUUUGUGUGUAUUUAGUGAUAACACUGUCAGUGUGGUGUGGAGGUAUCUGAUUACAAACAGAGGUAACUGCGGCAAAGUCAACUUAAGGAAAACUCUUAGAAACUCUAAAAACAGGAGCUGCACCAUCUCCCAAUAAAAGCAGGGUUAAUUCUUCUGGGAAAAAAUGCAGUGAGUGGAAAAUAGUUCCUCAUAAGUCAUGUGCAUAAAAAUAUCUGUGGCUUACGCUGGUGUGGCCUCCUGACAGAUUGAUAUCCCCUUCUGCUGCAUCCAAAAAUUAAAGCUGUCAGUCCACGGUCUGAUAUCAGCACACUGCCAAGGUGUCCAUCAAGGGUGUGACAGGAAGUUUUAAGUCUUGACUGUAAUAUGGUCUAAUUCUUUGUCAAAAUACUGUUGGCAAGUACAAAAAAUACCUUUCAUUUUCUGCUUCUUGUAAAACAUGAAAGCUUAUCAGUUUCAAGAAACCAUGGGUUUGACUUAUGGCAGAAAAGAAACACUGAUUAACUGGUGGAAAAGGUAACUGCAGGGUCUUAAGAUGAUGCAUUUGGAGGUAAUUGCUUGUGGAUUUUAUGCUGUGAUUUAUAUAAACUAGUGGGCAGAGUUCCAUUCCUUUUACCCAUGCAUGGAGGUGGUCCCCUUACCUAUGGGAUGGUUCCACCCACAGAAUUCUCGCACUAGGGUUCUCAAGCAGCAGAGCAGUUUCCACAGAGUGUGGGGCACAAGUUGUGUCAGUGCUCUCCUCUUAGCCACUGCUGUCGUUUGUUCCUCUGCCUACUUCUUCCAGUACUGAGACGUUGAGAUGGCAACUUACAAUCACCAACUCUGACUGCCCAUCAGGAGGAAGGAUUCCAAGACUGUUUCCAGUUACAUACCAUUGAUGUUGAUAACUAAUUGGAAUAAACAACAAAUGCUGGAGACACUCAGCAGGUCAGGCGGCAUCUGUGGAGAGAGAGAGAGGUCAUCAUUUCAGGUUUGAUAACAUUGACCUGAAACUUUAACCCUGUGCAGUCUGAGCUGCUGACAAUCUCCAGUAUUCUAUCUUUUAUUUCAGAUUUCCAUUGUGUGCAGUUUUGCUUUUCUGCUAUAGAAACAAUCCGCUUAAAAUUUUAAAAAAAGGACAUUAGAAUAUUUGCAGACACUGAAAACAAAGGAAAGAAUUUUGGUACAGAGGAAUUGUGUAAAAUACUUGGAUUUUAAAGGACUCAUAUUUCUGUAUUGCUUGAUUUAUUAAUGGUCAUUUUAGUGAAAAUUAUUUUCCAUGUUAAAAUACUUGCCACAGCAUCUCUUAAUCUUUAAAUGCUUGUUACAAUUUAGAGCUGGUUCUUGGAAGUUAGUGAGAAGCUUAAUUAAAUUUAAGUGGGUGGCUCAGUAAUAAUCUAGGUUUACAGCAGUGGUAACUGGAGGAAGGGAAGAUGUGUUGGGUCAUCAUAUCUCCCCAGAGCAGCUAAGACAAGUUUCAGUAAUGCUCAGAUGAGUUUUUAAGAAUCUUAUCUGUGUUGCUUCAUUCAGUCUACUCUCAGACUGCCACAAGAGAAUCCUGUUAGCUGAUUAUAUAUAGAGCAACUUUGGUACCAGUGAUAAAGAAUUUUAAGCUGGAUUAUUGUGUGUUUGCCUUCCUAGCUAAGGAACUUCUUCAGUACAUAAGACUAAGGCAAGGGGCUUGGUUAUUCCAAAGGUUAUAAAUUGGAAAAUAUGUCAGACUUUAAGUAGACGGAAGGGUUGACAUUACAUUGAAAAUGCCCGACAACUGCAUGAUCGAGAUUCAGUGGACCCAAGCCAUUCACUGCACUGAGAAUGCAACCCAGAAUUAGUUGGGCAAAAUUGCUUCCGUCUGCCUGAUUAGUUCUGGAGCAAGCUGGUGUCUUAGUGCAGAUGACAAGCAUCACUGUUGAAUAUUCCUGGUCCUUAGGCUACAUGAGGGCAUGGUGGAGAUGUUUUUGGUAGAGGCAAAAUGCAGGGUGCUGUCUUCCAGCCUCCACAAAGAGAGAUACGAGCUCUUUAUUUUAAAACUUGCAGUCACGGUGGUACAACUUGGCCACAGGCCCCUGAUCCACUGUUAAGCAAUCUCUCCCUUUCAGUGUGGGUGAGAAUGCUGUGCUUGCAUUUGGAAGACUAUAAUGCCCCUACCCCCCCCCCCCCCCAUACACACACACACACACAACCUUCUGAGCUUUGACACUGGCUUCUGGACUCUUAGCUGCUCUGUACCCAUGGAAUUGUACAAAGAUUUGUGGCAGCAAGAUUUGCAAAUAACAGCCAUCCCAUAGUCUGAUUAAGGACUGCGUACCCGAUUCAUUAAGUUGCCUAAUGAGGAAAAGUGUAGCAUUCUUCAAACUGCAGAGGCUGUGUUAAAACAGGCAGUAGACUACAUAGUUGACAGCAUUAAAAUGACAGGCAGUGAAAGGAUACAUUUCUGUGUAACAUCAGAUUGUUUUCAGCAUGUGAAUUAAAAGCAGGGGUUCCUCAGUGCAAUAGUUUCCGCAGUUCUGACAGUCCGAAUCCUAUGGUGCAGCUGGAUUUGAAUCCUUAUUGCACUAACAUUGUGAUUUUAAACCUGAAUUGUUCGUUGCCACAAAAGUAUUUUUAUACAUCGCCCGUUAUCUGAAAGUACAGAAGUGACAUAGAUAUUUGUUUAGUAAGUACUUUUUUUUUCCAUGGAGAUUUUAAACUUUAUUCUGUUAGUAUGUGUAUUUUUUUUCUUCCCAACUCUGGGCUCUGCACAGUUGUUUGAUUUUUACCCAGCAGCUGAGGUGCCGGUGUCACCGAGCUGGGUGUGAAGGAGUCGUUGAUUUACUCCCCCAUCAAACCAGUGGGUUGCGGGAGAUCAUUGAAGUGCCAAACGUGAACUGAAGUUCCUUCCCCACUCGCUCCCUCACCCCUUCCACCCUCCAACGUUGCGUUGGAUCAAGGCAGUGGGAAACGGGCGCGAUGGCAUCAAAUGCGGCAGAUUAAAGCAAACAUCAGCGUAGAGCCUCGAGAGUUGUGAUUUGUCUCACCUGAUUUAUGGCAGAAGGAUGUUACACACCAGUUCAGUUUUUUUUAAGCCUCUUUUGUUCUAUUUUAUUUCUGACAUUAAUUCUUCAGUCUUUAUUUGUAGUUUAUCACCUGUAUCUAAUGAAGAAGUGUAUUUUUUGUUCAUUGUGCUUUGCAUUAAAACCGUAAACAUCAAAUUCUCACCAGGUAGGAGCAAUAAACAAGGGAAAAAAUCUAAUUGCUGAUUGGAUGUAUAAAUCAAUGGCCUUAUUUUAAAGAUUAAAAAAAAAUUGAGCCCCCUUAGUGCCUUGGUGUGGAUAACUUCACUUGGCUGAGGAACUGAUUUUGAAUUUGCACAUGACCUUCCCUGUAACUGGAUGGGUUCCCCCAGAUACCCUGCUUUCCUGCCACGUUCUAAAGACCUGCUGCUUGGUGGGUUAAUGUAACCACUGUAAUUUUCCCAAGCCUGGGUGGGUGGCAAGGAAAUCAGGGAAACCUGAUGGGAACACGAGUGAAUAGGUUAUAGGGAAAUAAGUCGGGGGGUGAACGACAGCCUGCAUAGAUGGGCCAGAUGGCCUACAUAAUGUAGAAAAGGUUCUCCCCUCACAGGUAAGGGCUAUUGAGAUAUCAUGUUUCACUGACUCUGUGUUGGGGAAAUUUCAAACUCUUGGGAUUUAAUGUUGAAUCUUUGCUUUUUUUAAAACAAAAUGUUCUCCCACCUAACAACCACACAAGCCUGGGAGCUACAGUGAUUUUUUUUUCUUAAGCACACAAAUUACUCUCCGCUGCUUCAGUUCGUCAAUCUUUAUCUUUAAAGGCCAUUGCAUUCGAACAGUAUCAUUAUAUGGUAACUUUGGUUUAAAAACUUCACAGUUUUAGAAUUGCUCUGGUCACCAGAAGCAUUGUAUGUAUUUUGACAGCUUUUUAUAUGGCUUUUAGCCUAACCUUUUAUAAACUUGAUUUAACCAAAGUUAAAGUACCAUUAGUGGUAAUAUUUCUAGUUGGCCAGCUUGAUUUCAUUGUUCCAAUUGAAUGAGCUUUGUCAGAUGUACGAUACCGCAACAAAAUCCAUGAACAAUAAAUGCAG